AUGUACAUUUUUAUUGUAACAUUAAUAAAUCUUUUCGCUAUCAACACAUGCCUGGAAGAUGUUUGUGUUGAUGUCAAUGAUAUACUGGCCCCCCAAUGGAUGCCUGGUACUUUAUUGGAAAAUCUCGCUGCAAGCCCCAAUAAUAAAACAAAUUCAUUAGAUGGUACAAUUAAUACUGCUUUAGGCACCAUGAUUUUUCACAGAUCAAUGAUGAAUCAAUACAAAUGCAGGAAUUACGUGGCCAAUCAAAUAAUAGCAAAAAUGAGCAAAAAAACUGUCCAAAAAAGAAUGAGUGUCGACGAAAAACCAAAACCCAACAACAUGUUGCUUGACGAAGGUUCCACCUCUUACGAGAAUUGGUUGCAAAAGACAUCAACUUUGGACGAUAUUUAUAGGCACCAUCACAAUCAAAUCAACAAUUUGGCGGAACCGCUGGAUAAAAGCCACCCUCCAGAUUACCAUGGGGUACCAGAAUAUAUGUAUUAUGAGACUCAUUAUAAGCCGCCACCGGUUUACAAGUACCAAACGAAAUAUGUGGAGAAAAAGUAUAAGAAGAGCGACAUUUUUGAAAUUGCUCUUACGGCUUUGGCGUUUUUGUCUUUUGGGUUGUUUAUUAUUCAUUUGAUUAUGUCUAUCAGUGCUGUGAUGAACACUACGACAACAACUCCAAGCAACAGGAUUGUGGCUUUAAAUUUUCCUUUUUCGGCCAUGAAUGCAGCUUGGGAACCAGUUGGCUAUCAGAUUACUUAUCAGACAAUAUCGUUCCAAAAACGCAAAGUCUAG